AUGUCGCACACGCUCUUCACAAAAGCACCCGCGCUGCGGACCGCGGCCCGACGCUCAAUCCCCCGCGUUGCCCCUUCGUCCGCAUACCACAGCUCCUCGGGUCGCAAGAUGCCCUCGGGCACAGCACCCAUCCGCAACUUACUCCGGCAAACCACACUGCGCGCAAGCGCCAUCGCCGCCCAGCGCACCUCAUACCCUGCGUCGCAGCAAUUCUCGCAACAAACCUACAUCCAGCAACAGCAGCGCCCGCGCUCGCCCUCCCCACCGCCCCCCUACCAAGCGCGCAACAUCUCCGUGCUCGCGCCGCAGAACCAAUGGACGCGCUUCACUACGCCGUACAACACACUCUCCUCAGUCCGCACAUUCGUCUCGUCCCCCAAGAUUCAAUUCGCCUCGCAUAGUUCCUCCACAACGGCCCUCAGUCCAGAAGCCCAGCAGAGCGUCGACGAGGCGAUUGAGGAGAUCCACGAUUUGUACGGUACGGCCAAGGACGAGUUCGAAAUUGCGUCCGAGGAGACGGAGAAGAAUACUACGUAUGCGGAAGAUGAUAGGGCGGCCGCGAGGGAGGAGCUGGAUCGGUUGCUGGCGUAUUAUGCCGAAGUGACAAGUAGUAGUGCAGCGGGGGUGGAGAGAGUAGUUGCUGACGAGGUGAAGAGGAGGGUUGGGCACCGCGUGCGGGAAUUGGAACAUGCUGUUCUUGCCAUGGAAGAGGCUGCUUUACAUCAUGAUUAA